GAUAGAAACACGUUACAUGUUUUCUUUUUCCUGAUCAACGUUUAUUUUUAUUUACAAUAGUAAUAACAUCCCUGAUGGAGAUUUUACGUGUCAAAACAUAACAUUUCACACGAGCAUACAUUGUGCAUACUAAAAGUGAGCAGUUGAACCUCCAAAAAUAAACUUGGGGGUCGGCAGCUAAGCCCUCCCAAAAUCUUAUUUGGGGAGGAGGGUCUCUUAACCUUUUUCUUCAGGGUAACAAUGAGCUCAGUGGAGUUAUUGCUGUGGUUCUUUAAUCUUGUGUCCAUGACUUUAAUAUCAAAACAAUAAAGUUCUGUUUCGAUCCAGUGUUUUCUUCUCAAUCUGUACGGAUUUUACUUUUGGCCAGUCCCACUAAGAUUCUGACCACGGUACUGUCGUUUCUAAGAAUGAAUGAUUUUCGCUCAGUAUCACGACCUAUCACACAUAGCUCUUUCGGCAGAUGGGAAAAAAAUAUCGUUUUUAAAAGGUUUAGGGUGGCCAAAUGUAUGGUAAUGCACAUGCGAUAGAAAUGAAGGGGAGAUUACAAUGCAUGUUACAUGCAUGGAAAACUAAAUUAGUGGAAGCUAUGUGACAAAUUCUCAUGACGUACAUGCUGCUAGGCGUAAUGGCGGACGAACUUCUCAAAACGCUUAAUCUUGUCCCGCUUCCAUUGGGAGGCUUCUAUGCGGAAUCCCUUCACGCAACAACCAAGAUUAAACCUUUGGACAACUCUGAACGAGAAGUUAGGGACGCGUAUUCCGUAAUUUACCUUCUUUUACGGGGAUCGGAUAUAAACGUUUGGCACAAAAUGAAGUCUGAAGAGACCUAUUUCCACCAUAAAGGCAGCCAUAUUAUUCUGCACAUGAUAUCGGAAGACGGCAGUUACGAGACGAAAUUUAUCGGAGACCCAAUGGUGGAUAGUAAAGCACGAUUUCACUGUCAUGUGCCGAAGAAUGUGUGGUUUGCUUUGGAGUUGGAAGACAAGAAUAGUUAUUGCGUGUUCAGCGAGGCUGCAGGACCUGGCUUUGAGUAUGAGGACUGUGAAGUUGGCGAGAGAGAAAAGAUGCUGGAGAUGUUUCCACAGCAUAAAGAACUUAUCGAGAAGUUCUGUCUGAAUUAGCGGAUAAAAAAUACAACUGUGCAUACUUUCUAUUGAUCCACUGAGAAAUGAAAAAUUCUUUUGAUUAUCCCGGUAGAUUAUCCAGAAGUAGUUAAAUAUGUCUGGUAAUCAGAAGAUAAACUCUGUAAUGAUCUUGAGUGCUAGAAAGAGCAGGUCAGUCUACCAUGGUCAUUUUAUGGCUGAGUAGGUAUGAUUUAUUGAAGGGUACACAAUGAGUGAGCCACAAACAGAUAGCCUCCUUCGCGGAGUCGCUCUUUGGGCUCAUCAUGUAACCUUCCUCCCCAGAUUGCAUGGCAAGUCCAAAGAGCAUCUGCAUAGGAAACAGCCAUGAGCUACAAACAGAAGGAAAUUCAACAACUACUUCCAGCUCAAAAAAUUACUAUUGAGUUGAUUAUCUGAUUAAUAAUAAUUAAAAAUUUUUUUAAGAGGAUGGUCCCAUCACUUAAAAGUGGUUUUCAGAGAGGUCCUUAAACAAAAAAUCUUCAUAAAAGCACAGGUGGCCCAAGCUUGGGAAGCCUGUGAUAAAAGUCAAGAUAAAAGUUAAAAAGUGAAAAGAUAAAGAUUACAGCUUGUCUCAUAUAAGGGCUUUGGAUCUCUCACACCUAUCUGUCUGUCUGUUUGCCUGUCUGUCAUGGACAGUAAAUUAGUUGUCCACAGGCAGCGGAAGCUCACAAUGUGAGGUGUUUUUUUUUACUUUUAUAUGAACGUUCAGUGAAGCGUGACAUAUGGCAUGUACUAUUACAUAAUGACCGAAUUUGACUGCGCAAAAUGUGACUCUUGCCUUGCAGCAUAAGGAGGUGUUGGGUUUCCACUACUAAAAGUGGAAACCCACAGAAUGAUAACUUGCCAGAAUGCAUUAGAUUGGCCUGAGGAGCUGGCAAACAACAAAGAAUACAACACAGCAACAGGGUAAGUAGAUUUUAUUCAAAAACUAUAAGAAUA